GUGUGCGUGCGCGCGGCGACGAUCGAUGACCUGCACGCGAUGCAGCGAUGCAACCUGCUGUGCCUGCCCGAAAACUAUCAGCUCAAGUACUACCUGUACCACGCCCUGGCGUGGCCGGCGCUGCUGCAAGUCGCCGACUGCGACGGCGCGAUCGUCGGGUACGUCCUGGCGAAGCUGGACGAGGAGUGCGCGGAUGAGAUACGAGGACACAUCACGUCGCUGAGCGUGCUGCGGACGCAUCGGAAAUUAGGAUUGGCGGCGACGCUCAUGCGCGCGGCGCACGCGGCGCUGGAGGAGGUGUACGACGCCAAGGACGUGAGUCUGCACGUGCGGGUGAGCAACGAGGCGGCGCUGCAUCUGUAUCGGGACGUGCUGCGAUACGAGCGCGUGGGAGUGGAGGAGAAGUACUACGCGGACGGCGAGGACGCGUAUAACAUGCGAAAGACGUUUCGGGAG